AUGCUAAAAUGCAUAAUUCAACUUGUGGUUGAAGAGACUAAUACCUUGGACGAAAGUUUUGAAGAAGUAGAGGACGGAGAGUUACGGAUUUUGACAUACAAGGAACAAAUAAAGAAGAUACAACAGUGGUCUUUUGUUUAUACACACCUUGCCAAGGCAACAAAACUUUUCAAUGUUAUUUUUGGAUUACAGAUUACGGUGAUGUUGGUAUCAGCGAUUGCAUACAUCAGCACAUUUUUGUAUACAUUUAUAUUUAUAAGUGUCAAUGUACAUAAAAACAAAUCAUGGGUGUUGUUUAAAAUUUGCAUUAAACUUAUAUUAAACCAAGCUGGUAUAUUGCUUUUGUCAAAAGCGGCACAAAAAAUGCAGAAUAAUGUAGAUAUGUUAAAACGCUGCCUGGCAACACUGCUUACUUACUCACUUCACGAUAUUGAAAUGUAUAGAGCUACAAAAGACCUGCUUCGAUUUGUUUCAAAACGUCCAUUACAGAUCCGGGCAUUUGGAUCUAUUGUAGUCGACAUGAGCUUACCCCCAACAUGCGUCAUGCUAUUUACGUCUUACACAAUUAUUGCAUUACAGUUUAACAAUGUAUUGUAA